UAAUUUAUUUUGUGUUCGAUUUUGCGACUAACCCGCUGUCAAUCGUAACGCUGAUAAAAUAUUAAAAUAAAUUACAAUCUGUUGUCUUUGUGCGGACGUUUUCAUCUAGACGAGUCAUUGUUGGAAGUCGCCUUCUGCGCCAGUGUGUGUAAAGGCAGUACUUUCGACAUACGUCAAACGCACUUGUUAUUUUUUCGAGAAUUCGCCACUAAAUAAAUCGCAUCAAAUAUGAAGGUGUAUGCUCUCAUCGUUGCCUGUCUGGCUCUGGGUGUGCUGGCCGAGGAAGACUCAUGCUAUCAGAACGUCGACCAAGGAUGCAGACGGACUUUAAGUCUGCCGCACUGCAGCGCGUAUUACGGCCAAUUCAAGGACAACCACGUUGUAGCGAACGAACUGAAGGCAUUAGCCUCACUGUAUUUGAAACGUUCCUACCAUUAUCUCCUAUCGGCCUCCUACUUCAACAACUACCAGACGAACAGGGAAGGAUUCGCGAAGCUCUUCAGGAAAUUAUCGGACGAUUCUUGGGAGAAAACCAUUGGUCUCAUAAAGCACGUCACUAAGAGGGGUGGGAAGAUGGACUUCUCGAGUCACACCACACUGAAAGGCGACAAGGGCAGCAACUACACCGUCGAGGUCGGCCACGAGAUCGGAGCCCUGGCCAAAGCCUUGGACACGCAGAAGCAGCUCGCCGAGAGGAUUUUCUUCAUCCACAGGGAAGUCACUAAAAACAGCGACCUCCUCCACGAUGCCGAGAUCACUCAAUACAUCGAGGAGGAAUUCGUGAGUCAGCAAGCCGAUACGAUUCGUAGCCUCGCGGGUCACACCUCGGACCUCAAGCGGUUCAUAACCGAGAACAACGGGAAAGACUUGUCUCUCGCCGUGUACCUCUUCGACGAGUACCUCCAGAAGGUCGUCUAAACAAACUUUUGAAACCCCAUUCAAUUCUACCAUUUAGUAGUAAUUUUUUUUAAACAGGCUACAUUAAACUUUUAGGUACAAAUAUGGCUGUUUAAUCGUGAUGUAUCCAUUUUUGUUUUAAGCAAAAAAUAUGUUAUGUAAUUGUUUUUAAGCGUUUAGUGAAAUAUAGUAUGUACCCUCAAUAAUUAUCUUCGAAUAAAGAUUUUAGCCGCCAUAA